AUGUCCAUCACAGAUUUGGCUCAUCGCUCUGGUUUCAUUUCCUUGAUGGUUGUUAGUUUUGGAUUUAUUUAUUAUUCUGUUUGGCUGCUCAUAACACCAUUUAUUGACAAGGAUAAACAAUGGGUUUUGAAAUUCUUUCCCCCCAGAGAAUAUGCUAUCAUAUUUAUGGCUGUUAUUGGAUUAACCAUGUUACUUGGUUUGUCAUCGAUUUUAGGAUGCUUAAUGAUCAAAAGAUCCAUGUCGAUGACGAAAAAAACUUGUUGA